AUGAUCUUCACUCCACCUUCAUGGCUCCCCGCCAUUGAACAUGACCUAUCCACCGUGGGAACAGUGGCAGACUUUGCGCUUCAAGGGACGCUGGGCAGCGCCUCUGGACCAAGGGUAGACGAGCCGACCUUCAUUUCUGCUUCCACGCAGAAGGGGAGAACCCCGGGACAGAUCGCGCAGAACGUCGAGGCGUUGGCUGCUGGCCUUGCACACGAAUUGCAAUGGUCUCCCAAUGCACCCGCACCAGGCGGCAAAGUGGAUUAUCUGGUUUGCUGGGCGGUCCAUCCUCUCAGGGGCACCUGUCUUCUACUAUACGGCACUCCUUCUCCGGAGGAAAAUGCGAAACAUCUCCAGCGCAGUGACUGCAGAACCUUGAUUGUUUCUCCCGCAUUGCUUCAGUCUGGCCAUGCUGCUGCCGCUGCUGCUUCUACCAGCAAAGCCGAAAUUAGAUUGUAUCUGACUGAGCGGGUGGCCACCGAUGGCGCCCAAGCCAAUGGCAAUGACAACACCGGCACCGGCUUCAAAACCAUUGACGAGCUUGUCAGCUUUGGGGAGACACUGGGUCCUCUGCCAGCGCUCAAUUGGUCCCCAGAGGAGGCCCAAUCUAGUAUCGCCUACCUCUGCGCGACCAGCGGAACCUCGGGGGUGCAGAGACUGGCACGUUUAAGUCAUCGUGGCAUCAUACUGAGUUCGGGCUGGUGA